AUGUUGGCCGAUGUCUUCUGUGAGUCAGUUGGUCCUUAUCGCUUAUCUUCCCGACUUCCACAUGGUUGGUCAAACACGAUCUUGCACCAUUACUUGGCCACCCUGGUUGUACGAUACGUCUUCUUUAUUUUCAUUGAUUCUCCAACACUUGUUCCCACUAUCUACACUUGGGUGACGGAUCCUGAAUGUUCAAGAUUUCACCAUCGCUGA